GAAGUACAAUUUUGCUGAAUUUCCAAAUUUUUUAAUUAGUAAUUUAAAGGAAAAGAUUAAAAAAAAAAAAAAAUGGGGAAGGUAACUUUCCUCCUGGCAUUCUCACUGGUAGUGUUUCUAUCAAUCCAGACCGUAUGGGGCAACGUCGUCGAUGGUGAGAAGCCAGAUCUACCUUCGGGCCUUUCGUUGGAUGAAUUGAGCGCCACUGGGGAAAACUUCGCCAGAUCUGCUGGCGACGCCUUGGAGGGUGUCAUGGAAUCCUCGCCGUCUUGGACUGACUGGGCCAAAGAAAAAUUCGACGGUCUCGGCUUUAACGACUGGCUAUCUUCGUUAACCUCACCUGCACCUGGUCUGGCACCGUUAGCCGCGCCUGUUUCAGCACCUGUUUCAGCACGGAAGAUCGCACCACACUACGCCCCAGGGCCUUCCCCUACUUCUGUAACUGGUCUUGCAUCCGAUUUGGUACCGGAGUCAGCAGGCUUAGCAUCUAAUUUGGCAAUGGAGCCCGCAGCCGCUGAUGCACCGGCAUUGGCACCGCGUGCAUAGAGAACGGAAGGAUAAUAUGCACCGGAAAUCCAGGAAAGGAAUGGAUGGCUAGCUCCAGCUUUUACGUUCUUGCCAAAUAAAAUUUUUUUCCUCCAUUCUUCACCUGUAAUCUGUUAGGGUGCUUUUAGCCAUUUGAAUUUCCUGUUUUAAUCGUCUCUGCAAGAUUUAUAUUUCAAACCAUCUUGUAUGAUGACUAUUUUCCGAUAAUAAAUAGAUCUUCACUUU